GAGACUGGCCGGAGCGGGCGGGCGGGCGCAGCGCCGAGGCCCGGCCAUGGCCACCACCAGCAGCACCACGGGCUCCACCCUGCUGCAGCCUCUCAGCAACGCCGUGCAGCUGCCCAUCGAUCAGGUCAACUUUGUAGUGUGCCAACUCUUUGCCUUGUUAGCAGCCGUUUGGUUUCGAACUUAUCUCCAUUCAAGCAAAACUAGCUCUUUUAUCAGACACGUAGUUGCAACCCUUUUGGGCCUUUAUCUUGCAUUUUUUUGCUUUGGAUGGUAUGCCUUACACUUUCUCGUCCAGAGUGGGAUUUCCUACUGUAUCAUGAUCAUAGCAGGAGUGGAGAGCAUGCAUCAAUGUUGUUUUGUGUUUGCUUUGGGAUACCUCACAGUGUGUCAGAUUACUAGAGUCUAUAUCUUUGAUUAUGGACAAUAUUCUGCUGAUUUUUCAGGCCCCAUGAUGAUUAUUACGCAGAAGAUCACUAGUCUGGCUUUCGAGAUUCAUGACGGGAUGUUUCGGAAGGAUGAAGAACUGACCCCAUCGCAGAGGGGCUUAGCUGUGAGGCGCAUGCCGAGUCCCCUGGAGUAUGUAAGUUAUACCUGCAACUUCAUGGGUAUCCUGGCAGGCCCUCUCUGCUCUUACAAAGACUACAUUACUUUCAUUGAAGGCAGGCCAUCCCACAUGCCACAGACCAGUGAGAAUGGAAAAGAAGAGCAGCAACAUGAAAGAGCAGACCCAUCUCCAAAUGCAGCAGUUACCGAGAAGCUCCUAGUCUGCGGACUCUCUUUAUUAUUUCACUUGACCGUCUCCAACAUGCUGCCUGUGGAGUACAACAUCGACGAGCACUUCCAGGCCACCGCAUCAUGGCCAGCCAAGGCCACCUACCUGUAUGUCUCUCUUUUGGCUGCCAGACCUAAGUACUACUUUGCAUGGACCUUAGCCGACGCCAUUAACAACGCUGCAGGCUUUGGGUUCAGAGGGUACGACAGGAACGGAGUGGCUCGUUGGGACUUAAUUUCCAAUUUGAGAAUUCAGCAAAUAGAGAUGUCAACAAGUUUUAAGAUGUUCCUCGACAACUGGAAUAUCCAGACAGCUCUUUGGCUCAAAAGGGUGUGUUAUGAGCGAGCGACCUUCAGUCCGACAACCCAGACGUUCUUUCUUUCCGCCAUUUGGCACGGGGUCUACCCAGGAUACUAUCUGACGUUCCUAACAGGAACGUUAAUGACGUUAGCAGCACGGGCUGUAAGAAAUAACUUUAGACAUUAUUUCGUCGAACCCCCUCAACUUAAGUUAUUUUAUGACAUCAUAACGUGGGCAGCAACACAAAUAACAAUCAGUUACACAGUUGUACCAUUUGUGCUUCUUUCUAUAAAACCAUCAUUCACGUUUUACAGCUCCUGGUAUUACUGCCUGCACAUCUGUAGUAUCUUAGUGUUGCUGUUGCUGCCUGUGAAGAAAUCUCAAAGAGGAAAGAGCACACAGGAAAAUGUUCAGCUUUCACGGGCCAAAAAGUUUGACGAAAGAGAAAAUUCUCUGGGACAGAACAGUUUUUCCACCACAAAUAAUGUUUGCAGUCAGAACCAAGACACUGCCUCUAGACACUCGUCACCACCGCAGUGAUCAGGAGAGUGCGUGGUGGCUGUUCCCACCUGUGAACAGAAGCCAGUCUGGACGCCUUUCCAGAGACUGACUGGGUGGAAAUGGGACAGCCUGAGAUGGGGGAUUUUCUGUACACCAGGUUGGAAAUGGAAUGAAAUAACCCUUCCCAUGCCAUGUUCCUGUGGGUCACGCCUUAUACAAAAUCUUUCCAUGUUUCGAUAGGGCACUCUGACCUCAGCCUAUGCCCUCAAGGUCAUACGUGUGCCCUGUCGCUGAAUGUACACUGCGUAUCCCGAGGCCCUGAAGAGGUGGAAGAGUGGUCGUGUUGAUCUGGACGAUUGUAAGGUUACCUUUUCCCAAAUGAAUGUCUUGCCUUAAACCUUCUGUUCCCUAAGAUGUUGUUCCCAGUUGGUGUUUUGAAGCGUACUAGCGUGAGGAGAUGAUUUCAAUAUUUGACGCGGUGUGCCGCAAAGUGGGAUUGAGGCAGAGUUUAAACCGAAUAUUUAAGAUGGUGGGUACUUGAAAAAUGCAAUAAACAUCUCAGUAUUCGAAGGGUUUUCUUAAGGUAGCUCAGAGGACCGCACACGUGGUAGGAAUGUAAGCGGUCGGGGCUGUUAAAUUACAGGUAGCUUAUUUUGCUGGGAGCUUAAUUACCUGGUGUCAGUUAGGGGGCCCUUUCAGGAGGACUUUCUCAAACAUAAUUAAAGGUUGGCAGUGUGCUAUUUUAGGCUUAUUUUCUUAAGGGAAAAAAAUAAGAAGAAGAGGGAAGAUGAGGUGAGCAGGACCGAAGGAAGAAAGCACUGUGUGGUCUGGAGUCGCAGGCGGAGGGAGGCUUCCCCAUUCUGUGUCCAAGAUCAGUGUGACUGUGAGAGACACAAAAGUUCAACACAUUGAUCAUACUGUGGACUUUCUGAAGAAUCUCUUGAGCAUAAAUUACAUAGAGUUAGAAGAGAUUAUAAGAGUAACAGUGGUAGAUUAUUUGAAGAUUUUGAAAGAAAUCUCUAGUAAUUAAGGUUAUUGUAUGGUUCAUCAGUGUCUUGUCCCUGUCAUUUUCAUUGCUAUUUGGGAAAAAUUUAGGGAAAAGAAAAUUUAGUUGCUGAGUCUAAGUGACAUUUUUUAAAAAAAUUAAUAAAUUAGUUUCUACAUUCUUUAACUUCAUGCAUUAAAAUUCUUCCGUUGAACUCUUGUUAAAAAUGGGUGUUAGAUUCUAUCAAAACAAAUAUGGGUUUUCCUCCUAGGGUUCACUGUUGCCCUGAGUAACUGGCUGUCUUUGCUCCAACAGCAGGGUGCUGUGGGGUGCAGCAGCUGUGAGUAAGGGGUGGAUUGGAGGCCACAGAACUGAGCCGUAGACUAUAGGUUCCGCCUUGUGCAAAAGGCCGGGCU